AUGGGUUGUGUAAACACUAAACUACUUUUGGAUAAAUCAAAUGAAGAGGUUGAAAAACCAGAAGGUUUAUUAAAUAUUGUAUUAGUCUUUCCACGAAAUGAUAAACAAACUCAAUUAAUGAUUGAAGCAGCUAAACAAUUAAAACACAAUUGUAUCUUGAUCAAUACACCUAUGGGGAAUACAAUAAAGGAUAUAGAGAAGCUUUUCACUGAAAAAAUUAUUGAUUUACAGCAGCCGAUUGAUUUAGUAAUUUUGGACAUUCGGAAAUUGAAAAUCAAUCGUUCUAUGAGUAUACCAGGUGUCAAACCUUCCAGUUUCAUAGAAAAUAACAAUAAUAGAAAUAAUAUUAUUAGUCAAUCAUUGAGCAACUGGUGUAAACAGCUUAGAAACUAUUCUCAAACAAAAGAUUCAGUUAUUGUUGGAUUACUCAGUCGACACUGUUCUGUUGACCAAAGAAGAAUUCUGAUGAAUAAAGCCCUCAAAUCUGGUUGUAACAAGUGCAUUUUAGAAGUGUUAACUAAGGAAGAAUUUUAUCAAGAAUUAAGGAAUUUUUCAAACAAUGAAUGGAAGUUAUUGAACCAGUUGCGAAACUUCUCUGUCACUGAUAUUACAACUGCUGGUUCAACUAGUAUGAUGACUGCUGAGUCUACUACUACUGGUACUACCACUACUUCUACUACACCGAUCACUACUACCGCCGUCACAACAGCUACAGAUGGUUCAGUGGGCUCACGUGUAGCGUCUAGACAAAUACGUCAGAGGACUGAAUUAGAUGAGAUAUUGCAGCAAAGUUCACAGGAGUCAAAAGUAAAAGAGGAAACUAGACACCCGACGAUCAAAGAGUCAACAGAAAAUGAAUCCUAUGCAAUAGACGAAUUGACAGCGACUGUUAUCGAUUCAGUCACUGUGUUACAUGAACCGGGAAAAAAAUUUAAAGAAUUUGUAUCAGUUCGAAGAAGUAGAAAUUCAGAUGCAGUCAAUAUGAGUAAUAUCAAUGCACUUUUACAGUCAAAAUGCCUGACUUUUCAUCACCUAUGUGCAAAGUGA